AUGGAUCCUGACGCCGCUCCUGGUACCCCUGAGUACCUUGGAGAUUGGCGCACGGCUGAGCACACUUCGGGAUACACCAAGCUGUAUUUCAGCUACGAAGGUCUUUCAUCACAAUGUUUCAUUGUCAAGGCCGUCGAUUCGGGCAUGAUGAUUUGCGUCCCGCAGGGAGGAAUCACCACCUCAGUGCUGGAACAGGCUGCCGAAACAGGGUACGAAGGGGUCUUAGGACCCUGGAAGCUCAUCAGUGUGGCCGCCGUUUCCAGCAGCGGUGGGCGCGAGCUGAAGAAGACGGUGGCGUGUUUGCUGAUCGAUUUGGCGGUGGGUGGGCUCGAUCUUUUGUCAGCCGAGCCCAAAGCCGAGCUUCAGCAAGUGACCUUCGGCACUGUGCGCCUGCAAAGUGUUUGGCCUUCAGGUGUGCGAGUUUUGCAAGCUCUCGAGGAGUUUGUCAACGGCGAAGAAGUCGAAGCCUUCGAGCGCCUGGAGCCGUACAUCACAGCAGACGAUGGCGCUGCCGAUCCUGGAGUUCCUCCUGGCUUCGAUCUGCCUGGGGUGGGCGCGGGGGCUGCAGACUCAAGCGACGUGCUGCAGCAGCUUCUACAGACGACUUCUUCGAACGCUACGCUGUUGAGCGGUUUGCAAAGCCGUCUGCAGAGUUUGGAUCAAGUCGAAAGGCGCCUGGCUCAACUCGAAUCCCGCCCUUCAGCUCCAGCAGCCGCCCCUCCAACUUCUGCAGGUCCCGCCUGGGCUCCUCAGCUCUUCACCGAGGGCGAGAGCGCACAGUUAACACCGGGUCAGGUGCAGCAACUUCUUACUCUUGCCGGCAGAGCUCCUCGGACUUUGGGGGAUCUUCCCGGACCCAGCGUGCCUUUGGGCCGGAAUGGCGGGGCGCUUCGUUUAGGGGCUACGGCAAAGGCUUCGGCUGCCCCAGCUCUUCGUCUGGGUGCCGUCCAGGAAGUGAACAACACCGGGGACGGCGAGGAGGCAGACGGCGCAGAGGGUGUCGAGGGAGAAGGCGUUUUGCAAAAGCUCCUUGUCCAGCAGACGGCUAUCCUUGCUCAACUGGCGGCCAGUACGAGAAAGAGUUCCGAUCCCCUCCACCAGCUCCUGUCAUCGACAGGGGGCGCCGACGAGGACUUGAAGCUGCCAGGCGUGAAGGGGAUGGCUGCCCGGCAGCUGGUGCGGGAACACUUCCAGAGGAGCCCCACACUGGUGUACAACAAGGUCAAAGAGCGGCUUGCGCAAGCUCGAAGGAAGCCCGGAGUGGGCGACCUGGAGCCUCGGGACAUGUACCUUCACUUCCAAGAGACGGUUCCUCUGGGCAGCUUCAAGACGCUGACUUACGUGUCCUUCCUCCUCUGCACGGCCUGGGAGGCCAUGGAGAACGGCCGAGGCGACGAGGUCGCCUCCAUCAUCGCGAGAGGCCUUGUCUUCUGCGAGCAAGUAGCGAACGAGGCAGGGCAUACCCGCCUGGCUUGGCUCCUGACUUGCCUCGACGACCCCCCGUUUGCUUUGGUCGAAAGUCGGAGAGCUCCUCGUGCGGAAGUCCCGCAUGGGAUGUUAUCAGACCCGAGGUGGAUUGCAGCUCAGUUGGGUUAUCUGCGAGAUGCCCAGCUGAUACAGGAGAGGACCAGCGCGGUGCAUGGACAGCAAACCACAGCUCCGCCAAACACUCCGGACGGCCCCAAAGGUCGUGGCAAGCGCGGCAAGGGGGCGCAGGUGUCGAUGACUCGUCGACUUGAGGGCAUGGUUUCGACCUUUGUUCGCUUGGGCCGCGGGCUCAAAGGCGAACUCGAACGCUCGGUUCAGAAGUUUGAGACGUUGAGUGAACAGCUUGCUGUGAUGCAGAAGUUCUGCCUUGAGCUUUCGUCGCAGCUUCAGCCUUACAAAGGAUGUGCCAAGAAACCUGCCGCUCAGGCUGGCGACUUCGACAGUGAGUGUCAGCUUGUGAGCAAGAGUGCGGCUUUGCCUCGGGUGACGGGAGCCAGAACCAGCUAUAAGCCUUUGGAUCCUGAUCGCCUCGUCUUUGAGCAAGCCCCCACCUUCAAGGUGUUCAUCCCUCAGGGCAAGAACCUGGUGAUCUCAUCGGAUGAUUUGAAAGACUUCUAUCAUGCGUUUGCUGUGUCGGACGAGCAUGCAUCCAGAAACCAUUUGCACGGAGUCUUCCCUGGCUCUGCUUUUCAGGGGUGGCAUGCCUACAGGUUUGCUACAAACAUCCUUUACCACGCGGCCCAGGCUUUGACCUACUUUGUAUCGACGACCAUGUCUAUCUACUUUUGGUUGAUGCUUGGGAAAGAUGUAGCUGCCUAUGGUGUUUUAGCCACUGCGGAAGAACCUUUGGGAUCCGUUGUGUUUCAGCUGGACAUUUUUCAGCGAUUACUUGAGCGCGGGUUCUUUACUUUGGUCUUCAGCUGCUGUUCCUACGGGACACCUUUCCAGCGACCUACCCGGCUGCUUGCAAACAACCCUGCACUACGAGUUCUAGCGAGUGGGUGCGCCUGCCCGUUUCGCGGCAAGCACUUGCGCUUGGAGUCAACUUUCGACCGGAAGAGCUUGCAAAAGUUUGUGAGCCUUUGCCGCCCUGAUUGCAUGACAGUUUUCGGACGCAAUCCCCAGAUCGGCGAAGCUCUGAGUGAGUUCUCGGGCUCCUGCCCGCUGAUUGUCAUGCAAAGGCUGAUCGAGUUACAGUUGCCUGCAAUGCAAACUCUAGGAAAUGAUGAUCGUGAAGUGAGACGCCCUGCCUAUGUGCCUCCUCGAUGGAUAGGCGACCUUGGGCGGUGCAUGGCUUGGAAAACCCUCAUUCAGUACCGGUUCAAGCGCAUCAACCACAUCAACAUUAACGAAGAGCUUGCAUAUCGCAGUCUCCUUAAGUACGCGUCCAAAGCUGCGCCUAGCAGUCGCUUUGGAGUCCUGCUUGACAGCCGAGUGACUAUUGGGUGUAACUCAAAAGGACGUUCCAGUAGUGCUAGCCUGAACUUUUUCAUCAGCACCAGCUUGCCUUACAUCUUGGGCGGUGAUUUAUACCCUUGCCUCUUUCACAUAGGGACGGACGAUAACUGUGCCGACGACCCGUCACGACUUCGACCUCUGCGGGCUGCUGCUGCCGAGCUUCCAGUUUGGCUGCAGGGAUUUCUUGACGGUGAUCAUCGUUUUUUGACUGUCGUUCGUGCCGCUGACGACUUCAGCGGUGCCUUGGGUCGCUGGACGCGGCUCACUCUGCUGUUGUUCUUGCUGCAGGUGGUUGCUUCCAGGAGAGAGUUGCUUUUCCUGGAGUUCACUCGCUGGGUGGAAGGCGAGCUGCAGUGCUCCUUUCAGCAGGUGGCGAGCUCAGGUUUGCUGCUCGGCACCGCUUUAGUCGGUUACGGCAAGGCUUUGUUUUACAGUGGAAGUCCAAAAUACACUUUUUCCGAGACUUUGAAUGCUGUUGUGGACCGCUUUAAGCACUUUCGUGCCUCCCUUGGCGCGGCUUGGAGCAUCCUCACGCGCUGGGAGGAGGAAGAGCCUGUGGAAAGAUCCAUGGUGAUGCCUGAGGCUGUCUUUCGAGCUGCCAUCGCCGUGGCCUUGUUGUGGCAGUGGCCACUCUUUGCCGCUGCACUUCUUGUGGGCUUCCACGGACUUUUGAGACCAGGAGAAAUCCUUAGCCUCCGUCGACGUGAUUUGCUUCUACCGCGAGAUUUGCUUUCAUGUACCCCCGUCGCCUACGUGACCAUUUUGGGGGCCAAAACACGCAGAUUUCUUCAACGCCAGCAUGCCAAAGUCUCGGACUUUUGCUCCGUUAAGUUCCUUGAUGCCCUCUUUGGUCAUUUGCCUGGCAUUGUCCCGCUGUUCGCCUGCUCGCCAGCAGUUUUUCGCAAGCGCUGGAAUUUGCUCUUCGGCAGCUUGGGAGUUCCUACGGCCGAGGAUGCUAAAGGCAUCACCCCUAAAUCUUUGCGGGGUUCUGGAGCAACGUGGAUGUAUCAGCUGACGGAGGAUGUCGAGCGUAUUCAGUGGAGGGGGCGCUGGCAACAGCGUCGUACUUUGGAGCAUUAUCUGCAGGAAGUGGCGGGGCAGUUACUCCUCGCUGAUCUGACAGAGAGUCAUCGCGCUCGGAUUCUGCACCUCGCGGCCUUCGCCGCCCCACUCCUGCAGAUGUUCACUGCCAGUCUCAUGUCUUCUACGCCGGCUGCGGGCGAAGAACGUUUCGGAGUUGGAUAG